UGCACGUGUUCUUGGUUCAGUCAUCUUCCGCCCCAGCUUCUUUAGCUCUCCUUUCAGUCUAAGACAUGAUUAGCGAGGACCCCUUGCCGCCGCUCUGGCUCGGCGUGGAUCUCAGCACACAAUCUCUGACGUUGGUUGUUCUCGACGACGACCCGGCGGCCGAUCAUGUUUACCUUGAUUCGGUCGUGUAUGAUACCGAGCUACCUCAGUACCAGACCGAGCACGGCAUGCACGUUAGCGACGGAGAUGGCGGCGAGAAGAACGCCGUGGUGACAUCUCCUGUCACCAUGUGGCUGGACGCCAUCGAUCUGGCGCUGUCGCGCUUGGCCGCCCUCUCCGCACCCACCCCUCCUCUCGGCAAAAAAGAACCUGCAUACCCUGCGAAAGAAACUGAAACUCUACAACAAGGCGAGCCGGGACGGAUGACCACCUGGGGGAGAUCCGUGCUGGCGAGGGUGCGCGCGGUGUCGGUUAGCGGGCAGCAGCACGGCACCGUCUUUUGGAAGGCCGGCGCGGCGGAACGGCUCAAGGGUCUUGGGGGCUUGGGACCUAAGGACACCCUCGUCGAGGCCCUCUCCGGUUGCUUCGCUAGGCGGGACUGCCCCUUAUGGGCCGACAGCAGCACGACGAGGGAGUGCCACAACCUUGAGGAGGCGCUGGGAGGCCCGAAGGCAGUCGCCGAGGCGACGGGGUCCGCGGCGUACUGUCGCUUUAGUGGCAACCAGAUCUCGCGCAUUGCUCGCCGCGAGCCGGAGGUGUACGCGUCGUGCGAGCGGGUGUCUCUGGUGAGCUCCUUCGUCACGUCUCUGCUCGUAGGACGGUACUGCUCCAUCGACGCUAGCGACGCUUCGGGCAUGAACCUCAUGGACAUCAGGUCAAGAGACUGGCACGAGGGAGCGCUGGCCGCCGCAAAGGCUGAGGGUCUGCGCGAUAGGCUGGGCAGGGUGUGCCCUUCUUACGAGUGCCAAGGGAAGGUCAGCCCCUUCUUCUCGACAAAGUUCGGACUCAACCCAGAUUGUGUGGUAAUAGCUGGUAGCGGUGACAACCCGUGCGCCCUAGCCGGUUUGGGGUUGUCAGGGGAGGGCACUGUGGUGGUCAGCCUCGGGACGAGCGACACGAUCAUGGGAAUAACCAGCCAGCCCAGCCCGCAAGAAGAGGGUCACAUCAUGGCCAACCCCGUGGAAGAGUCGUCGUACUUCGCCAUGCUGGUGUACAAGAACGGAGCCCUGUCGAGAGAACGAGUGCGCGACGAGCUGUGCUCGGGAAGCUGGGGGGAGCUCGACAAGAUUCUGGCGUCCACGUCGCCGGGGAACGGGGGACACAUCGGGCUGUUCGUUGAUAUGCCGGAGAUUACGCCGCAGAUAGCGACCACGGGGAGGUUCAGGAGAGGCCCCGAGGAUGAAGUUGUCGACGAGGCGUUCCCUCCAGGGGUGGAAGCGAGAGCGGUGGUGGAAAGCCGGUUCCUCUCUAUGCGAGGCCGGAUGCAGAGAAUGGGCAUCCCUCGCCCGACCGCCGUGCUGGCGACAGGGGGCGGAACCAACAGCCCCUCGAUGAUGCAGGUUCUCGCAGACGUGUUCUCCGCCCCGGUGCUCCUCAGGACCGUUCCUGAUGCGGCAGCCAUCGGCGCCGCCCUCCGCGCCAAGCACGGGUACCUCUGCUCCGCCUUCUCCGGAGAAGAGAAGCGGCGAAGUUCCACCCCCCCCGGUACGACCACCGGCGGUACGAGUGGCCUCGUGGAGUCGACGGCUUCAGCCGGGGGGGGGGGGGGGGGCAGCGGUACCGCCGCCUUCGUCCCCUUCUCCAGAGUGCUUCUUGCGGACGAAACGGUCGGUACAAACGGGGCGGUAGAGCCGGCCAUUGGAGCUACCGUAGGCGGCGGGCAGGGGGUGACGAGUAGUGGGAAAGUGGUGAUGCGGCUGGCUGCCACGCCGAGGGGGGAUGCGGAGGCACUCUACAAAGGCAUGGCCGAAAGGUACGCCAUGCUGGAGGAAGAAGUUAAGGGUUGAGGGAGGCUUCUUCGUAGUUCGCGAAGCGUGGCUUGUGGCCCCAUCUCCUUCCAUGGAGGCAUGAGCGCCAGGCCAUGUCUGCGGAAUGUAAUUGUUUUCGUGUCAUGGUGGUGCCAUUGUUGAUAUCUUGGGGUCCCUGGAGUUGGGGUUAGGGUUAUGUGGGUGCGUCGGGGUUCGGCAGAAGAAUUCGAGGGGAGACGGCAAGCGAGGAUGGCAUCACGGCUUCUUGUCUUCGUUUAGGUGGUGUUAGUCGUAGGAGCGGAAACAAUAUUUGGGCGUCUGAGGCAGUACACAACAAAGCCGGUUUUGCAUUGAGGCCCGCGGGUCCGCCCACCUUUGUUUCCAGGCGACAUAUGUUGUGUGUGUGUCGAACUUUCAUCCGCACCCCCCACCGCCCCCCCGGUGUUUGCC